GGUGGCCAAGUUUCGCUACAGUACAACGUUGCAACCCUGAGAAGAAUGAGAAGAGUCACGCUGCAAACGUCUUUCUUAGUCCUGCUUGCCGUUACGGCGCUCGCAGAAGAGAAGCUAGACAAUAAGCAGAAGAAACGUGGGCUUUUGGAUAUAGGUUAUGGAUACGGUGGAGGUAUCGAUCAUGGAUACGAAGUAGGUGCUGGACAUUUGGGACCAAUCGAUUUAGGACAUAGCGUACAUUCCCAAAAAACGAUAACAGUCGUUAAAGGAGUACCUAUUCCUUAUCCCGUUGAAAAGACGAUACCAGUUCCGGUGCAUAAAAAUAUUCCGGUUCCGGUUAAAGUUUUCGUCCCCCAACCUUACCCGGUUGAAAAGAAAAUCCACGUUCCAUACAGUGUUCCAGUUAAAGUACCUGUUCCAGUAGCUCAGCCUUAUCCAGUUGAAAAAAUUGUGCAUUACCCGGUUAAAGUACCAGUAGAUAGGCCUUACCCGGUUAAAGUUUACGUCCCACAACCUUACCCGGUUAUUAAAAAUAUUCCAGUCCCAGUUAAAGUGCCAGUACCCGCCCCAUACCCCGUUGAAAAAGCAGUUCAUGUUCCCGUUCAAGUACCUGUCCAUAUCCCGAAACCAUAUCCAGUUAUCAAGCACAUCCCGGUUGAGGUUAAAGUACCAUAUGAUCGCCCAUACCCGGUGCAUGUUCCCCACCCAUAUCCAGUCCCAGUAGAAAAGAAGAUUCAUGUACCUGUUGAAAAGACAGUACCAUACCCAGUUAAAGUACAUGUUGAUAGACCAAUUGCUGUACCAGUAGAAAAACCGGUGCCAGUGCCAGUUAAAGUUCCAGUACCUCAACCGUACCCCGUAUACAAACAAAUCGCAGUCCCCGUUGAAAAACCAGUCCCAGUACCAUACAAAGUACUCGUUGAGAACCCAGUACCGGUCACUGUUGAAAAGCCAGUACAUGUCCCAGUAUACAAACACGUACCCUACCCCGUAAAGGUCCCCGUCCCGGUACCAGUACACGAAGACAAUCAUUAUCAUCAUGGGUAUUGACUCCGGUUCAUCCAUUUGUGAUCGCAAUUUUGUAUAAAUCAAAAUACGCAAAGUUGUACGUUAAUUAUUUAUAAUAUA